CUGGUUGUAAACGGUACCGCUCGCUCGCUCGCCCCGUCUCUCUUCCCCAGCAAAAACCCUACAAUCAGUUGCAGUGUUAUCUGCAUCUUAGUCUGCUGUUCCUGGAGGAGGAGGCCAUGUGGUUUGUUUAAAUGUUUGGUGAUGUGGAUCGCCUUCAUGAUUUGUUUGACUCCACCCGGAGAUGUUGCUCUUUCUUACGUCUAUGGAUUGCCAGUUUUGUAUCCAAGCAUUGCACACAUGUGAUUGGCUUACAAUCAAGCCACUGUCUUUCUAAACUGGUUAACGAAGGGGACCAUCAACAUUCUACCUUCAUGGAUCAAACAACGUUCAUAGAGAUUAGUUCAUCUGAUAGUGAUUUGGAAGAGAUAGAACCUGUUGGUACAAGAGUUUCUCCAGCUUGGUUAUCUGCAUCUGCAUCUGGUUCAAAUUCAAGGAGUAAAGACUAUGCUGACAAGUCAAGAAAGAUGCCUUCUCCUAGAAGACCACAUCAUGCUUCAAAUGGAAUUUCUCCUGGUUAUAACCACCAUAGACAGGCGUUAGAAAAAUUUCAUCCCAGUCUAAGUGGUGACAUAAGAGCCUCAAAUCGACAGGUUGACCGAGCAGAUAGUUCUACGUAUUUCUCCCAGAAUGGAAAUGCUCUAAAGAGGACCCUUCCAUUAUCUAUGCAGGCUUUAAACCCUGCAGUAGAUAACAGAGCCCACAAUCAGUUCCGCGACAACACCAACAAGGGCUUUAUGAGAGACCAUAUAAUCAGGGGGAGUGAUGAACAUAUGUAUGAUAGAAUGGCUCCAUUUGUAAGGCCAUCUUCUGCUUCCCAAUUCUCUAGUUCAAGUGAGCCGCAAUACCUUCCGGGAACUGGUGAAGAAAGGGUUGCUGAGAGUGACGAGAGGCUGAUAUAUCAAGCGGCACUGGAGGAUCUUAAUCAACCAAAAGUUGAAGCUACUUUACCUGAUGGUCUUUUGUCAGUCUCUCUUCUACGUCAUCAGAAAAUUGCUUUGGCAUGGAUGCUUCAGAAGGAAACUAGAAGCUUGCAUUGUCUAGGUGGAAUAUUAGCUGAUGAUCAGGGCCUUGGUAAGACAAUCUCAAUGAUUGCACUUAUACAAAUGCAGAGGUCUCUGCAAUCCAAGUCAAAACCCAAACACUUGGACAAUAAUAAAACUGAAGCUUUGAAUCUGGAUGAUGAUGAUGAUGAUGACCAUGUUGGUUGCGGUUUGGAUAAAGUCAACAAGACUGAAGAAUCUGAUCUUAAAUCGACUCUAGAAGCUAGUACCUCCUCACAGCCAUUCAAAAAGAAGAGGCCAGCAGCUGGUACCUUGGUUGUUUGUCCAGCAAGUGUUCUUCGACAGUGGGCUAGGGAGCUGGAUGAGAAGGUUGCAGAGGAAGCAAAAUUGUCUGUACUUGUUUAUCAUGGAGGCAGCAGAACAAGAAAUCUGGAAGAACUUGCUGGCUAUGAUGUGGUUCUCACAACAUAUGCUAUCGUAACUAAUGAAUGCCCAAAACGACCUCUAGUUGAUGAGGAUGAAGCAGAUGAAAAAAAUGUGGAACAGUAUGGAUUAUCUUCUGAUUUUUCUAUCAACAAGAAGAGAAAAAAGGCUUCCAUUGUUGGUAAGAAGGGAAAGAAAGGUAGGAAAGGAUUUGACAGUUCCACUUUUGACUGUGAUUCAGGGCCAGUUGCAAAGGUCAGUUGGUCUAGGGUGGUACUAGAUGAAGCGCAAACCAUUAAGAAUCACAGAACUCAAGUGGCUAGAGCCUGCUGUAGCCUUCGAGCCAGAACAAGAUGGUGUCUAUCCGGUACACCAAUACAAAAUGCAAUUGAUGAUUUAUACAGUUACUUCAGAUUUCUGAAAUAUGACCCCUAUGCUGUGUAUAAAUCAUUUUACACUACCAUUAAGGUUCCAAUAUCCAGAAAUUCACUCCAAGGUUACAAGAAACUUCAAGCUGUUCUGAGAGCUAUUAUGCUGCGUCGAACAAAGGGAACAAUGAUUGAUGGGCAACCUAUAAUUAAUUUACCACCAAAAAAAAUAAACCUGAGUAAGGUGGAGUUCUCAUCUGAGGAGAGGGCCUUCUAUACCAAAUUAGAAGCUGAUUCACGGUCUCAAUUCAAGGCAUAUGCUGCUGCUGGCACAGUAAAUCAAAACUAUGCAAAUAUCCUUUUGAUGCUUUUGCGCCUUCGGCAGGCUUGUGAUCACCCCCUGCUUGUUAAAGGAUAUGACUCUGACUCUGUUGGGAAAGAUUCUGUGGCUAUGGCAAGUACACUAUCUAGGGAGGUGCUUAUCAAUCUUUUGAAUGCACUGGAAAGUUCCGAGGCCAUUUGCCGUGUAUGCAAUGAUGUUCUUGAGAACCCUGUUGUUACUAUGUGUGGCCAUGUUUUCUGUUAUCAGUGUGUAUCAGAAAAUAUGACUGGUGAUGACAGUAUGUGCCCUGCUACUGAAUGCAAAAAACAAGUCAGUCCUGAUGUUGUUUUCUCCGAAUCCACUCUAAUAAGUUGCCUUUCUAAGCAUCUUGAUGGUGGUUCAACGAGUUCUCAGUUGGAUGAGAAACCAGUAGUGGUACAGAAUGAGUACACUUCAUCUAAAGUGAGAGCUGUCGUUGAGAUAAUCCAGUCACACUGCAUGUUAAACGGCCCAAAUUUUGAGCAAUAUAGUUCUACAGGUUGCAAUAGAGACUCUUCUUUUAAAAAUGAAACUCCAGAUUCAGACAUCAAUGUUGUAAAGCGGACAACGACACUUUCAAACUCACCAACUGAUGGACCAAUUAAAGCAAUCAUUUUCUCCCAAUGGACUAAGAUGUUGGAUUUAGUUGAGAAUGCAUUGAACGAGUAUUGUAUACAGUACAGAAGGCUUGAUGGUACAAUGACUCUAACAUCAAGAGACAGAUCUGUCAAAGAAUUCAACACUGAUCCUGAGGUCACUGUAAUGCUUAUGUCACUAAAGGCAGGAAACCUUGGUCUAAACAUGGUUGCUGCAUGUCAUGUUAUCCUUUUGGAUCUUUGGUGGAAUCCAACGACUGAGGAUCAAGCUGUUGAUAGGGCACACAGAAUUGGGCAAACCCGACCUGUUACUGUAACUCGACUUACUAUCAAGGAUACAGUAGAGGAUAGAAUUUUAGCUCUACAGGAUGAGAAGAGAAAAAUGGUUGCAUCUGCUUUUGGUGAAGAUAAUAGUGGGGGCUCUGCAACUCGUCUGACAGUUGAGGAUCUCAGAUACCUAUUUAUGGUCUAAAACAGAACCAGGGCGUUGUUUCAUGUUUGUAGCUUUAGUAUUUUUUUGUGCUUGCUCCAGGCCUUGUCUAGAAGCAAAUUUCAUAGCUUAGAAGAUAAGAAUACUGAGGCAGGACUCCUUAUAUGGAAGGGAUUUUUUGGUGUAGCCAGAUUUGCAUGAUAACCUGCAUCAGUUUUUGACUUGCUAGGCGAAACAAGGCAUUUUGUUCCCACCAACUGCUGGGAUAGCAAGCUAGGGUGGCUGUAUAUAUAUAAUCCAUAUUUAUUGUACACAAGAUGUUCAUGUAGUUGCUGUACCCCUCAUCUUUGUGAAUAUAUAUGUAGAAUUCGGCUCCUUUAUCA